UCUCUUGAAAUUUUCUGAUUCCUAGCCGUUAAUAACCCCUUCAGAACCCCCCUGGUUUUCUGACAUUCCCAUCACGAGAAAUCUCUUCUCUUUUGUGGAUUCUGAUAUUUUUCCUGUGUUGGGGUUUGUCUUUAAUCAAUUGGGUAUUGUUCUUGCUCCCUCAGUAAACCUUUUUCCAACAACCGUGUUCUUCCUCUGUUUCUGUUUCAGACCUUUUCUUCUAUCCUCUACUCUCCUCCAUAAAAGAGAAAAAACUUGGGUUUUUUUGUUUUGAUUUUUCUGUUUGAUCUGCAGUUUCCAAUAUUUAUACCCCUUUAGCUUUCUGUUUUUGAUCUUUGCUUCGAAACCCACUUUUCUGAGUUGAAUCAAUACACAAUCUUUUCCGUUUAAGCUUUCUUGAUUUCUGUUUCCCACAACGUUCUCAGGCGGUUUAUUGUACUUAAAUAUACUAUAACGAAGUCUACAUAUUCUUGUUUUGGGAUUUAAGUUUGAUUUCUUUUCUUUCUCUUUCCUCUGGGAUUCAUUGGAUUCUUUAUUUUUCUUAUUUGUUUUCUUUACAAAAUAAAGAGAUUUACCCACAAAAACCCUCCUUUAUUUAUCUUAUUGUAACUUCCUCCCCUUUUUCUAGGAAACCCAUUAUAUAAGCACAUCACUGGAUUUUCCCUAAAAAUCUUUGAAUCAUUCCUGGUAAACAAACAGAAAGAUGAGAACUUCUGGGGUUUUGAGGAGGAACAUGUGUCUAUGGCGGUUUGUGUUGGUGAUUUGCCUCUGUUAUGUUGUAGUUGUUGAUGGUCUUGGUGUGAAUUGGGGUACAAUGGCUACACACAAACUGCCACCAAAGGCUGUGGUGCAGAUGUUGAAAGAUAAUGGGAUAAAGAAAGUGAAGUUGUUUGAUGCUGAUUCAAGCACCAUGAGUGCUCUUGCAGGCAGUGAUAUUGAGGUCAUGAUUGCUAUUCCUAAUGAUCAGCUUGCUGCCAUGAAUGACUAUGACCGUGCUAAGCAGUGGGUCAAUAGGAAUGUCACAAGUUACAAUUUCAAUGGAGGAGUUAACAUCAAAUAUGUUGCAGUUGGGAAUGAGCCUUUCCUAUCAUCCUACAAUGGAUCAUUCAUAAAUAUCACGCUUCCUGCUCUUCAGAACAUUCAAAAUGCACUCAAUGAAGCUGGGGUAGGAGACUCCAUCAAGGCUACAGUACCCUUAAAUGCUGAUGUCUACAAUUCCCCCGUUAGCAAUCCUGUUCCAUCUGCUGGGCAGUUCCGGAGUGAUAUCAGUGGAAUUAUGACCCAGAUUGUCGACUUUCUUAGUAAGAAUAAUGCACCUUUCACUGUGAACAUCUAUCCUUUUCUCAGUCUGUAUGGAAAUGACAACUUCCCUGUUAAUUAUGCUUUCUUUGAUGGAGCAACUCCCAUUGUUGAUAAUGGGAUUCAAUACACAAAUGUUUUUGAUGCCAACUUUGACACCUUGGUUUCGGCUUUGAAGAGUGUAGGACAUGGGGACAUGACCAUUUUGGUAGGGGAGGUUGGUUGGCCCACAGAUGGAGACAAGAAUGCUAAUAUAGGCAAUGCUUAUAGAUUUUAUAAUGGGCUCUUACCAAGACUUGCAGCCAAUACAGGCACUCCACUGAGGCCUGGAUAUAUAGAAGUUUAUUUGUUCAGUCUUAUUGAUGAGGAUGCCAAGAGCAUUGCUCCAGGAAGUUUUGAGCGUCAUUGGGGAAUCUUCAGGUAUGAUGGGCAGCCUAAAUUUGGCAUAGAUCUAACUGGUCAGGGUCAAAACAAGCUUCUUAUUGGUGCACAGAAUGUGCAGUAUCUUUCUCAGAGAUGGUGCAUGUUUAAUCCAAAUGCCAAGGACCUAAGCAAGCUCGCAGAUAACAUCAACUAUGCUUGCACCUUCUCAGACUGCACAUCACUUGGUUACGGGUCUUCGUGCAAUGGCCUGGAUGCUAAUGGAAAUGCUUCUUAUGCAUUUAAUAUGUACUACCAGGUCCAGAAUCAGAAUGAUUUGGCAUGUAAUUUUCAAGGUCUGGCCAUGGUUACCACACAGAAUCUUUCAACAGGGUCCUGCGAUUUCAUGAUUCAGAUAGCUUCUUCUUCAUCCUCUCUAGGUCCAUCACUGUUGGGGUUAGCAAUUCUAACAUUAUUGACAUUAUUGCUAUAAAUCUUUAUUCUGUAGACACCUCCAAUUGCACAAUUGUAGUUCAUUUUUUCUAUCUUAUUCAGUAUGUCACAGGUUCUUGGCUUCCUGAUUUUGUUGAGAUUGAUUCAAUAAAAUCCUUAUUUUGAU